UGUUUAUAUUGUUUAUGGUAGUAGAUGUAGCAUCGUUUUGUGGCGGCGUCGGUGAAUUAUUUUUGACUUUGUACCCAUUUCGCUGUUACUUUAUUUAAAAGCAAGCUAAAGUGCUGAUUUUAACCUCUUGCGGUUAAUAAUCCCGAAAAUUCAAGUGGUCUAAACACAGGCCCUGCAAUCAUUAGGACUUGGUACAAACUUUCAUUAUGACAAUGGAUAUCCGACCUAACCACACGAUUUACAUCAACAACCUCAAUGAGAAAAUUAAAAAAGAAGAAUUAAAAAAGUCUUUGUAUGCCAUAUUCUCUCAAUUCGGCCAGAUUUUGGACAUUGUCGCUUUAAAAACAUUAAAGAUGAGAGGGCAAGCUUUCGUUAUUUUUAAGGAAAUAUCAAGCGCCACAGUAGCUUUAAGAAGUAUGCAAGGAUUCCCAUUUUAUGACAAACCUAUGAGAAUACAAUACUCAAAAACGGACAGUGAUGUCAUAGCUAAAAUUAAAGGAACCUUCCAAGAAAGACCGAAGAGACCUAAAAUGCCUAAGGGUCUUGAUGAAAACAGGAAGAAGAAGAACAAGGACCCCAACCGUGCUGGCAUGCAUAUGGGACAAGGAGGCAUGCUCAACAAUGUCAAUGCUGAACAGCCUCCUAACCAGAUCCUGUUCUUGACCAAUCUACCUGAUGAGACCUCAGAAAUGAUGUUAUCUAUGUUGUUCAACCAGUUCCCUGGCUUCAAAGAAGUUCGUCUUGUGCCAAACAGGCAUGAUAUUGCUUUUGUUGAAUUUGCAAAUGAAAUGCAAUCUGCUGCAGCCAAGGAAGCUCUCCAAGGAUUCAAGAUCACACCUACUCAUGCAAUGAAAAUUACCUUCGCUAAGAAAUAAUUUAAAUGUACAAUGUACCAAAUUGUUUAUAUUUAGUCAAUAAAUAAAGUUUAAGUAUUUGAGAACUGUUUCGAGCAUUGCACUUAGCCUGAACAGCUCUCUUCGGCUGUGAUAUAUUUUUAAGAUUC